AUGGCUUCAUCGAGCAGGAUGCUAGUAGCGGCGGUGGUGGCAGCCCUGGUGGCCGUGGCGUGGUGCGCGCCGCCGCCGGUGUGCUUCACGGUGGAGAAGGGUUCGGACCCUAAGCAUUUGGUGCUGCAGAUCAAGUACGACAAGGAUGGCGACAUCAUGAAGGAGGUGGAGCUGAAGCAGAAGGAGGACUGGCUGCCCCUGAAAAAGGGCUACAGCGGCGCGUGGGAGAUCAAGAGCGACAAGCCCCUCGAGGGCCCCUACAACUUCCGCUAUGAGACCCAGAAGGGCCAGCGCAACGUCUUCGAUGAUGUUGUCCCCAUAGAUUUCAAGAUCGGCACCACCUACAAGCCAGAGGCGACCUACUGAGAUUCACCCAUGCAUUUUGUUCCACCAUUAUCGACCUCACAGCUAAAAUCGUGCCAUAAGGCGCAUGGAUACUAAUAAGUCAAAUAAUAUUACCUUCAUCCUAAAUUAAUUGUCUAAUUCAGGACGAAGGGAGUAGUAGGAGAAGCAACGACUGGUGGUCAGAUGUAUUUACUCUCCCGUGCACCCGUUGUCUCCAUUGACCAUUUCUUUUUUUCUUUG